GUCGGACAUCAAUACCGCGGGAACUAUAUUUAUGUUAUGUAAGCAAAGACGCGUGCAGCCCUGCAGCCGAAAAGAAAAGCAUAAAUCCUGAAAAUAUAGAGAAUAGCAUUACAUGAAUAAAGUCUUCAGGACAAUACUUUCUAAAAGCUGCUUCAAACCAUCAAUUUUUAGAGUACUUCAGAGAGAGGAAACGUCCUUACUUUCCAGACAUCAUUCAGAUUUCAACAGGGUGACGUCAUUUUGCCCAUGUGAUAGGUCACAUCUGUGCUCUCUUACCAGUCGGAACAGUUAUUGCUUUUUCUCACAGAAAAGGGCAAUGUCGGAUAAAAAAUCCAGUAAAAGAAAAACCAAUGCAGACGGAAAUGGCGAUGAAUCAAAGGAGGAGAGUCCUAAGAAACUGAAGACUGAGAGCACUGACAACAAAAAUAAAAAUGACAUCUCUCUCAUAAAGCAGGUAACAGAGUCAAGGAAGAAGCUGUGUGAUUCGGUGGCAGAAUUUAAAUUUAAUAAGAAAAGAGUCAGGAUUUUGUCCAAAGCUAAGGACUUUCCAGAUGGAACAAAUGGAGUUGUGUACUGGAUGUCGAGAGACCAGCGAAUACAAGAUAAUUGGGCAAUGUUGUAUGCCCAGAAGCUGGCCCUGAAGAUGGAGGUUCCUCUCCAUGUCUGUUUCUGCCUGGUCCCUCGGUUCCUGGAUGCCACCAUCAGACAUUUCCGGUUCAUCCUCGCAGGACUGGAGGAGGUGGAGAAGGAGUGCAGAGAAUUAGACAUAUCUUUCCACCUGUUGAUUGGUCAUGCCAAGGAUGUUCUACCUACAUUUGUAGAAGAGAACAAGAUUGGAGGAGUGGUUACGGAUUUCUCUCCCCUGCGAGUUCCAGCAGAAUGGGUAGCAGAUGUUGUGAAAGCUCUCCCUGCAAAUAUUCCUCUGUGUCAGGUCGAUGCUCAUAACUUGGUGCCUUGUUGGGAAGCCUCGCCCAAAUUGGAAUACGGAGCCAGAACAAUUAGGAACAAGAUCCACAACCAGUUAAAUCAGUAUUUAACAGAAUUCCCCCCGGUCUGCAAGCACACACACAGACCAAAGUCAAAAUGCAAGUCAGUUGAUUGGUCCACAGCCGAGGACAGCCUUGAGGUGGAUCGUAAGGUUACAGAGGUGGAAUGGGCAGUGCCGGGGAGUACAGCAGGACUAAACAUGUUGGAAUCUUUCUGCAAGGAGAGGCUGAAAUACUUCGGUGCUGACAGAAAUAAUCCAAACAAGAACGCCCUCAGCAACCUGUCCCCAUGGAUCAAAUUUGGACAGAUUUCUGUGCAGCGCUGCAUUCUGACUGUGAGGCAGUACCGUGGUCGGUACAAAGAUUCCGUAGAGUCGUAUAUAGAGGAGGCCAUUAUACGACGGGAGCUGUCCGAUAACUUCUGUUUCUACAACAAAAACUAUGACUCAAUUGAUGGAGCAUAUGAUUGGGCCAAACAAACUCUGAAGGUUCAUGCUGGGGACAAGAGGGAGUAUGUGUACACAAGAGAACAGCUGGAGUAUGCCAAGUCACAUGACAAUCUGUGGAAUGCUGCACAGAAACAGAUGGUUAUAGAGGGGAAAAUGCAUGGUUUUCUGAGAAUGUAUUGGGCCAAGAAGAUCUUAGAGUGGACACCAAGUCCAGAAGUGGCGUUAGAAACUGCAAUCUACCUCAACGAUAAAUACUCACUGGACGGAAGAGACCCGAAUGGUUACGUGGGGUGCAUGUGGUCAAUUUGUGGAAUUCAUGAUCAGGGCUGGAAAGAGCGGGAAAUCUUUGGUAAAAUCCGUUACAUGAAUUACAAUGGAUGCAAGAGGAAGUUUGAUGUGGCAGCAUUUGAAAGGAAAUUCAAAAGCAAAUCCCUACAGUGAUCAUCAAUUUCCAACUUAUCAGGAUUCAGAACAAGAUCACAUGACAUACUAUAUGUGUUAUAGUCCCUAAAUGAGAUGAUUUAGUAGAAUAAUCGGACAAUGUUAGAUGUGUUCAUUUUGUUUUAUUUAGUAUGUAGUAUUGUAAAAUUCUGAAAUGAUACUGCCAUAGUAAAUAUAUGUACCUGUAA